AGAAUCAGUGACGAUGUGAGGUAAUUGGUGUUGAGCACGUUGAAUUCUUGAAUUUCGAUCUCAUUUGGGGAAUUGAAUGAUUAACGACAUUGAGAUUAUCCAAUAUGUGCGCUUCCAAUUUCGAUUCAUUUGCCGCCUGAGGUUUCCGACUAAUGCCAAAAUGCUUACGUAUCGUCAAUUCAAAUAUUUGUCAACUUUAACACCCUCCAGACAAUUAUCACUGUUUUUUUCCGAGAACAUCUCUCAGGUCCAUUCAAGAUCUGCCCAAGACUCCGGUCAGUUGUUCCCAGACACUUGACAAAAUAACAUUCGCGCGUGCGAUUUUCAUGCGCCAGAAAAAAUCUGCUGAUCAGUGUUUUAUCGGUUAUUAUUCAUAUCAAUUGCAAAUGACGAACAACAGCAUAUUUGCGCUUCACGGCAACGGUGAGCGUCGCACAUCUGGACCAGCCAGAAGAUAUUCCCAUUCAGACAAUCACGCCUCGACUCUCAGGACAAUUCUGCCGCAAAUUCUCGCCGUGGGCGUUAAGAACAUCCUCCUGUUCGGCUAUGGCAUGACUCUGGGAUUUCCCACCAUCGUUAUUCCUGCCAUUCAAGGUGGAGAAGGUCGAGAACCCACCCAGGAUCCUCAGCUGAUCCUCAACAAGGAGGAGAUCUCGUGGUUCAGUUCAAUAAACCUCAUCUGCGUCCCUCUGGGAUGCAUCUUCUCGGGCAGCAUCACUCAGCCGAUAGGACGAAAGCGAGCCAUGCAGUUGGUGAACAUUCCCAUCCUCAUAGCCUGGCUGAUCUUCCACUUCUCCACCAAAGUCGUCCAUCUGUACGUCGGCCUGUGCUUGGCUGGUGUCAGCGGUGGACUCCUCGAGGCUCCUGUCUUGACGUACGUCGCCGAGAUCACGCAGCCAAGAGUCAGAGGAAUGCUGGCGGCAACAGGAUCAUUCUUCACGAUCUUGGGUGUCUUUGCGCAGUUCCUGAUGGGAACAUUCCUCAAGUGGCGCUUGAUUGCUCUCAUCAGCUGCUCCCUGCCGAUAAUCUCACUAUUCCUCCUCUUCAUUGUGCCUGAGAGUCCUUACUGGCUGACGCAGAAGCACAGACUGACGGAGGCGAAGAAGAGUCUGGCCUGGCUCAGAGGAUGGGUUCCGGAGAGUCACGUUGAGCAGGAGUUCAAGGCUCUCUGUGAGCAAGUUAAGGACAUUGCUGUGUCUGAACAGAGGCAAGAGAAUGAGUCUUGCUUGGCGCAGAACAAAGCCUACUCCAAGAAGACAUUCCUCUGGCCAUUUGCUCUCAUUUCCUACACUUUCUUCAUCGGUCACUUCUCCGGCAUGACAACACUGCAAACUUAUGCUGUGCAGAUCUUUCACACCCUGAAAGCGCCCAUUGACAAAUACUACGCCACGAUGCUUCUGGGUGUGGCUGAACUCAUUGGAACUCUUCUGUGCGUUGUUCUUGUGCACUUAACAGGGAAGCGUCCGAUUGUCUUCAUAUCGACAAUCGGCUGUGGAUUGUGCUUCCUGGCAACGGGAACAUACACGCACUUCUUGCACUUGAUUCCAGGCUCGACAAUUCGCAAUGUUGUGGCCAAUGUGUCGGCAAUUGAGGCAGAAAGUGUGGAUGAAUUGAUAGCCUUAAACAUAUCACUGCCAAUGGAAGAGAGCAGUAAUUCCACAGACUUCGACAUUGCAAUUGACUUGUAUGAUUCACAGGAAAACACAACAAACGACGAUGAAUCACGGAUUUCGGUGCAGAACUUCUUGGUUGACUCAAUGAGAUUCGUUCUCAAUGAGACGGAUUAUGUGGAUGUGAAUGACACUGAUGACUCUGGCGAGAAGACAUACUCAAUUCCCGACAAGAUCAUCAUUCCUCUGCCAGAGGCGAAGCACAACAAGUACUUGUGGGUUCCUUUGAGUCUCUUGCUGGGCAGCGCGAUGCUUUCUCACAUGGGAAUCCGCCUGAUUCCGUGGAUGCUGAUUGGGGAGAUUUAUCCGACGGCCAUCAGGAGUUGCGCUUCUGGCCUCUCAGGCGGAAUUGGCUACGUCUUUGGCUUCCUGGCCAACAAACUCUUCCUGGACAUGGUCGGGAGUUUCACUCUUUACGGCACUUUCUGGAUUUACUCCUUCAUUAGCUUGACUGGAGCUUUGGUUCUCUACUUCUGCCUGCCCGAAACUGAAGGACGAACUUUGGGUGAGAUUGAAGCGUACUUCACGGAUUCGAAGAAUUUCACGAAGAAACUGCGAAAAGGCAGAAUUGAAGGCACAAAUGGCAACUCAACGGACAACAAUGUUGGCUCAAAGAAUGGCUUUCCGUGCGAAAUCACUCAGAUUUACAAUACAAGAUUAUAAUGUAGAGGGAAAAAUUGUAUUGAAAAGUGGAUAAUUA